UUUAUAAUGUGAUAAAGUUGGAAGUUGGUGUAUUCGCGUAGCCCCCGUUGCGCGCCAUAUGGUUACCCCCCCAAACCCCCUCCCCUUUCCAAACCGCUGGAGGUGAGGCGGAACCGGCUGGAGAGAAGCUUCGCGCAGCUGGAGGUAUCACCUCGAAAGUCCUGGAAGUUAUCCACUGGUGGGAUCCCUUUUCCCCCCACUUUGGAAUUUCACUUUGGCUUGUUUUGUUUCCCGUGGAAUGCGCAGAAUUAAUUAAAAGGACGGGAAAGAAAGCGGGGGGAGCAUCAUUCCGAGAAGAUUGGACUGCACCGGUCAGAAGGUCCACCAACAUGGAUGCUUCGAGAACAUUUCGUGUGUUCUUUGGGUCCAUCGUGGCGUUGGCCGUCACAGUCAAAUGCGGACUACCGCCGCCCACCAUCAUCUCCGACGAGACGGAAUUCGUCCUGAGGCCCGACUCUGUGUUUAACGUCAGCUGCAGCGGUGCCGGCAGUGUGAUGUGGGCCGAGCCUCUGCCCCGAAAUACGUUCGUAUUGCCGGGCUACAUGACAGCGACGCUGUUCAUCUACAACGCCACCGUGGCCAACACCGGCUACUACGUUUGCGUGGACGAGGAUUUGGCGGCAAAUCCGGAAGCGGAGCACGAAGCCGAAAUAUACGUUUUUGUUCCAGAUCCCCAGGUCCCCUUCGUCCCAGAGACCCCCAACAAUCUGGUUGUCGCCAUGGAUUCCAUGGGAGUGACCAUUUCUUGUCGCGUAUCCAACCCCCACUCUCACGUAACCUUGCGAAGCGUCCCCAGCGGUGACGAGGUUUGGGCCUACUAUGAAAACAAGCUGGGCUUCUUUGCUAGCGUCACCCCAGGACAGUACCAGUGUGAGACCACCGUCAAUGGCCGGGUGUUCACCAGCGCUAUCUACACUGUCAAAGAUAAAGUGGAGGUUGAGGCGGAAGACUUCCAUGUGGAUGUAAAAGUCAGCACAGAGGCAUUGCGGGUGGGGCAACCCCUCAACAUCACCUGCGUGGCCCCCGCCGGCUCCUCCUUUCACCAGCAGUGGCUGCACCCAAGAACUCAGGCUGUCAAUUCAGUUCAGAAGAAAGAGGAUUUUCCCGACAAGGUCGUCUACACUCUGGUUAUCCAGCGAGCCGGUCUUCAGGAUAGCGGCACCUACGAGUGCUCCGUCACCCACCAAGACAGCGGAAUGGUCCGGGUGAGCGCGGCGGCUGUCACCGUCUAUGAGGAGAGUUCAUUCGUGGCCCUGGACCACAGCGGGAUCCUCAUGACCGAGUAUGUAAGCCUGCUGGAGGAGACCCAGUUCACCAUCCUCAUCGAUGCAUCCCCCUCGCCCAAAGUGACCUGGCUGCGAGAUGGCAAAGACAUCCCAGAAAGUUACUACAUUAACACCAAAACAAGUCACCUUCAAGGCAACAGGUACCAGAGCAUUCUGACCUUCCGGCAGCCUCUGGAAAGAGACAGCGGGAAGUACACGGUCACGGCUGUGAGUGGUUCUCGCUCAGCCCGGUUCUCCUUCACUCUUAGAGUCAAAGCUUCCACUGCCUUGACCUUCCCGCCAUCUUCGGGCCCGAUGCUGCUGCCACAAACCGACGAGAUGGUGGUGUCUCUCCACGCUCCCUUCGCACUGACCUGCCGGAGUGAAGCAAGGUUGGGCUGGGACAUGCCGCUGGAUGCGCCGGAGCAGACGCAGGAGGACGACAGCGGUCUGUUCGUCACCACCGUCACAGUGGACCGAGCGACGGCCGAGCACACGGGCUUCUACACUUGCUUCUACGUCCAAAACAACACGGACGAGGCGGAGGAGAGCAGCAUCUACGUCUACGUGCCAGAUCCUGAUGUUCCUUUCGUGCCGUCACCGGUGCCAUUCUGGAAUCACGUCCUGUCUGGUCACGAGGAGAUGGAGAUUCAGUGCCGGGUGUCGGAUCCCAAAGCGAAUGUGACCCUGCUGAACGUAGACACUCAGCAGCCUGUCCCGAGUGUCUAUGACAGCAAGAGAGGCGCCCUGGGGGUGUUCACUGCCGGAACCUACGUCUGUAAGGCUGUCAUCGAUGGAGAAGUCCACUACAGCGAACAGUACAUCGUCCACGGCUGGACCGGUGGCGGGGCCCUGCACGUCGAGCUGGCCGCCAAACGGACUGCUCUGCUGGUCGGAGACCCCAUAACAGUCACUUGUUUGGCUCGCGGCUCGGAGAUCCUGGAGGACCACUGGAAAUACCCUGGCAAAGUGGCAAACCGUGCCACGAAGACAGUGGAAGAGAAUAAGCGGGAUCAAGAGAUUCUUUACACACUGACCAUUCCACAAGCCUCGGCCAAAGACAGCGGCAUCUACGCCUGCUCCAUCACUGAUAUCAUGAGUAAUGAAAGCCAGACCAAACAACUCGCCAUCACAGUUUACGAACGUGAGUUUCUGUUCCUACGGCCGGAGUUUGGCAGCCAGGAAUCGGCAGAGCUGGACGAGGUCCGCAAUUUCAGGGCCGAGAUAGACUCGUUCCCCGGCGCUCGCGUCACCUGGCUCAAAGACGGCCUCCCGCUGAGCGACGUCACUGCCGAGAUCUCCGCCAGUCUGCGUCCGAUCAGCGAGACCAGGUAUUCCAGCGUCCUUACCCUGAUCCGUGCAAAAGAGGAAGACAGUGGGAACUACACCAUGAGGGUGGAGAAUGGAAACCAAAGUCACAGUGUCAGCUUUAACCUCAAAGUCAAAGUCCCAGCGGUCAUUGUGGAUCUGAUGGACAUCCACCACGGGUCAGCCUCAGGCCAGUCCGUGGUGUGCAUCGCCGGGGGGCAUCCCACUCCGGAAGUGGAGUGGUUCAUCUGUAAAAACAUUAAACACUGCGCCAACGACUCAUCGUACUGGGUGCCGCUCCCUGCCAACUCCACGGACGUCGAGGUGGAUUCGCAUGUGGACGAGGACAACAACCUAGAGAGUCAAGUCCUGUUUGGUCAUCUGGAGAACACAUUAGCGGUGCGGUGCUUGGCCCGCAACGAAAUGGCCGCUGUCAGCCGGGAAGUGAAGCUCGUGUCCAGCGGCCCUCAUCGGGAGCUGAGUGUAGCCGCCGCUGUGCUGGUGCUGCUGGUCAUUGUGAUCAUCUCACUCAUUGUCUUGGUUGUUGUCUGGAAACAGAAACCACGUUACGAGAUCCGCUGGAGGGUGAUCGAGUCUGUAAGCGCUGACGGUCACGAGUACAUCUAUGUGGAUCCUAUGCAGCUGCCGUACGAUUCCAGAUGGGAGUUUCCGCGAGACAGGCUGGUGCUUGGUCGUAUCCUGGGUUCCGGAGCCUUUGGGAAAGUUGUAGAAGGCACCGCCUAUGGACUCAGCCGCUCUCAACCGGUCAUGAAAGUGGCGGUAAAAAUGCUGAAACCCACGGCCAGAUCCAGCGAGAAGCAGGCCCUGAUGUCAGAGCUGAAGAUCAUGACUCACCUCGGACCUCAUCUCAACAUUGUUAACCUCUUGGGAGCCUGCACAAAGUCAGGACCGAUCAACAUUAUCACUGAAUACUGCUUCUACGGUGAUCUGGUCAACUAUCUGCACAAGAACAGAGAAAGCUUCCUGAGCCUGAGCCCGGAGAAACAGAAGAAAGACUUGGACAUCUUUGGAAUCAACCCAACAGACGAGAGCAGCAGAAGCUAUGUGAUCCUGUCCUUUGAGGGCAAAAGCGACUACAUGGACAUGAAGCAGGCGGACUCUACUCAGCAGUACGUCCCCAUGUUAGAGAUGCCCAACACCUCCAAAUAUUCCGACAUCCAGCGCUCGGACUACGACCACCCACCCUCCCAGAAAGGUUCGAGCGAAACGGGAGAAGACGACCUGCUGUCGGACGACAUGGACGAAGGUCUCAGCACGACGGACCUGCUCAGCUUCACCUACCAGGUGGCUAAGGGCAUGGAGUUCCUGGCUUCUAAAAACUGCGUGCACCGUGACCUCGCCGCCAGGAACGUUCUCCUCUCUCAAGGCAAGAUUGUGAAGAUCUGCGACUUUGGGCUGGCCAGAGACAUCAUGCACGACAAUAACUAUGUGUCCAAAGGCAGCACCUUCCUGCCUGUCAAGUGGAUGGCACCCGAGAGCAUUUUCGACAACAUGUACACCACCCUGAGCGAUGUCUGGUCUUAUGGGAUCCUUCUCUGGGAGAUAUUCUCCUUAGGCGGAACGCCGUAUCCUGGCAUGGUGGUGGACUCGAGCUUCUACAACAAGAUCAAAAGUGGAUACAGGAUGUCCAAGCCGGAGCACGCGCCUCUCGACGUCUACGAGCUCAUGAUGAAGUGCUGGAACAGCGAGCCAGAGAAGAGGCCUUCCUUUUUGGGUCUGAGUGAUACCGUCUCAUCUCUGCUGCCUUCCAACUACAAAAGACACUACGAGAGGGUCAAUCGUGAUUUCUUGAAGAGCGACCACCCUGCCGUGACCCGGGUCUGUAUGGAGAGCGACGACGCCUACAUCGGGAUCGCCUAUAAGAACGAGGGCAAAUUGAAGGACCGGGAGAGCGGCUUCGACGAGCAGCGGCUCAGCUCAGACAGCGGAUAUAUCAUCCCCCUGCCCGACCUGGACCCCAUGUCCGACGACGAAUAUGGAAAGAGGAACAGACACAGCUCGCAGACAUCUGAGGAAAGCGCCAUCGAGACGGGUUCCACCAGCUCCACGUUCGCCAAGCGCGAGGGCGAAACCCUGGAGGACAUCACGCUUUUGGACGAGAUGUGUCUAGACUGUAACGACCUCGGGGAGGACAGCUUCCUGUGACCUCACCAUUGAGGGAGGGGCGGGUUGGGGGCCCGCUGAUCUAGCAAAAACUCUACCUGUCUUGCCCCGCCCCUCCUUAUGGAGGACAAACUACUCAGACUUUACCUCUAUUGGGACACUGCCCCUUGCUGGGCUGGAGGAUCGAGUGAUGACUUCAAUCGAAAAGCUUUAUUUCUCGGGCAUUCCUUGAGUUGAAAGAGGGGAAGGAUGAGCAGCUUUAAACUAACCACCCCUCAGGACUCAUUUAACCACUACAUCAUCUGGUCCAGUCCAAGUUUGACAAGUGGGGACCCCCCUUAUCUCCUCCCCUCCAUCUACAUACUGUAGCACCUGAUGCUGGCACAAUCAGUAGCAAUACUAAAAGCACAAAAAUCGGUGCAUAGGCAUUAUUGUAACGAGAUUACAUGAGGGGUGAAUACACAUUUAUUUUUUUUAAACAUUAUGUACACAUGUAUUAUUUGCGAAAAUCGAGUAGUUAGUGUGAAUGAAUUGGACCUUGUGUAGCCCAAAAAAAAAGUGCGUUUGAAGGAGUGUGAUUGUACUGUAAAUAGCACCAGAGUUUUUUUAUGAAGAGAGAAUAAAUGGGAAAUCAUAUUGUUAAUGCUUGCACAUAUUAAGAUUCUCGGACAGCGUGUAAUUAUUCAAAUAUAGUAGUUUGGCAUUUGUGAUUUCUGGGGGGGGCCAUCUGGUGCAUCUUGGUGUCAAGGUACCGUUUGAGUUGAGGAGCUUCAUUUCGACAUAAGCAGUCAUUGGCUGCCAUCUUAUGGCGUCGAUGCAUAAUUACAGAAAACAUUUUUGAGACGACUCAAUUGUUUUUGCUCAGUCCUUGACACCUGCAUGCAUUCCAGCCACUCCAAAACAAGCAGCAAAUAACCCAAACAUGUUCACUAUAACCCUAACCCUAACACUAACCCUAACCCUAACCCCCCCCCCCCC